GGACUGAGUGGAUUUGCUUGGACUGCUGCCAUUUCCUAAUUUAAGGUCUGUCCUGCGCUAAAAGACCAGAGGGAGACACCAUCUCAGAGUCACUGACAAGUGGGUGCUUUUCAAAGGAAGCCUCUUCAGAAAGGGAAGCUCAUGGAUCUCACAACCACAGUCAUCAUCCCGCUGCUUUUUGGCAGUUUGGGCAUCUUCACCCUCUUCCGGCUGCUCCAGUGGAUGCGGAUGCGAGCUUACCUCCGGGAAGCGGUGGUGGUGAUCACCGGGGCUACCUCUGGCCUGGGCAAAGAAUGUGCAAAAGCUUUCCAUGCAGCUGGCUCCAAGCUGGUGCUUUGUGGCAGAAACGUCGAGAAACUCCAAGAGCUGGUGCAGGAGCUUUCUGCCAUGACCAACCACCGAAAGAACGUGCACAAACCUCACACUGUGGUCUUCGACCUCUCAGACACUAGAAGGGUCAUAGAUGCUGCUGAAGAGAUCCUGAAGCUCGUGGGUCACGUGGACAUCCUGAUCAACAACGCAGGGAUCAGCUACCGGGGCACAGUUGUGGACACAGGCCUGGAUGUGGACAAGAAAUUGAUGGAAACAAAUUACUUUGGUCCUGUAGCCCUCACGAAAGCGCUUCUGCCCUCCAUGAUCAAGAGGAGACAAGGCCACAUUGUGGCCAUCAGCAGCAUUCAAGGCAAAAUCAGCAUCCCCUUCAGAUCAGCCUAUGCUGCCUCUAAGCACGCUACCCAGGCCUUCUUCGAUUGCCUGCGAGCAGAGGUAGAGCAGUACGACAUCGACGUGACUGUUAUAAGCCCUGGCUACAUUCAGACAAACCUUUCUCUCAAUGCUAUACGAGGAGACGGAUCUCGCCAUGGAGUCAUGGACAAGGCGACCGCCGAAGGGCAGACAGCCGCCGAGGUGGCCCAGGUGGUUCUCAGCGCGGUGGGACACAAGAAGAAGGAAGUGCUCGUGGCUGGUCUAGCUCCCUCCUUGGCCGUCUACCUGCGAAACCUCUUCCCCAGGCUCUUCUUCACCUUAAUGGCAUCUAGAGCAAAAAAGGAGAAAAAAGUAAAGGACUCUUAAAACUCAGCACGCUCGGGCGGUGACUGUAGGGAGAGAGGGAACCCC